GUUCCCCUUCCCUUUCCUCCCCUUCCCGCGUACCCCUCCCUCGAACAAGCUCCCCCUUGUCCGUGAACAGCCCAUCUUGCUGUCCAACCGUUCACAAAACGUGAUAUAAGCUCAACCAACACCUAAGCACAAUCCACCCACCUCACAUCCCGAGAAAAAAUGCCCCGCAAAGCAGCUGCCUCCGCCGACGGUUCCGCCACCGCCGAGCCCCGCCGCUCCACCCGUAUCAAGGACCAGCCCAAGGUCGAGACGACAGCCCCUGCACCCGCGAAGAAGGCGCCCGCCAAGCCGCGCAGCACCAAGAAGAAGUCCGAGGAGGAAGCUGCCCCCGCCGCCGCCGCUGAAGAGAAGAAGGACGAGGUCAAGCCCGCGCAGACGGGCGAGAAGCGUGCUGCCGAGAAGGAGGACGCCGCUGACAACGAGCCGCCUGCGAAAAAGGCUAAACCAGCGAGCAAAGCUGCAGCCAAGCCCACCUCCAAGGCCGCUGCUGCUGCUGCCUCUGCCGACGCCGCCAAGCCCGCGUCGAAGCCUGCCUCCAAGGCUGCUGCUAAGCCCGCUUCCAAGGCUGCUGCCAAACCCGCCUCCAAAGCCGCUGACACCGCGGCGGCGAAGCCUGCAUCGAAGGCGGCCGCUAAGCCCGCCUCGAAGGCGUCUGCGAAGCCCCCCUCUACGAAGAAGCCCGCUUCACGUGCGGGGUCGAAGAAGCCUGUUUCGAAGGCCGCCGAAGACAACGCAAAGGAGAACGAUGCCCCCGCUGCUGCGCCCAUCGCUGAGGAGCCAGAAGCCGAGGCUGCUGCUGCCUCUGAGGCUGCGGCCGUCUCGACCGAGGCUUAAACGCUGUACGACCCCCGACGAUAUCUGCUGUCCGUGAUCUGAUCUGUAUUCUUGUGGUUCUCCCCCGUCUGUCGUCCAUCGUCUAUCGUCGUCACAUCCUAUGCUUUGUUCCGUGUGUCUGUUUAAUCUAGUUUUCUUUUUUCUCCUCCCUUGAUUGAUUGUUUGCCGCUCCUCGGUACGCUUAUUUGUUUUUCUCCCAAUCGAUUGGUUAUUAUCGCGUAUUUUGUUUCGAUCCCUCCAAAUGCGCUCGUCGAUCUGUCAGUCGUUUCGUGCAUGUGAAGCGCAAUCCGUUGAGAGCUUGCGCAGACAGAGUGGUGGCGGUGAUGCAGUGUGGACGGACGGGCUCUGUCCCGGUGGUGGGUGGUGGCGCAUAUGUUUUACGUUUAUUUACAUGAGAAAUAAGAUAU